GGACCUUUGAUCUCUCUCAACCAAUCAGAGAGCAGCGAGGACCAGAGGACGGAGGGUUCAGACUUUUUGUGGAGAUGAAGCUGAGGGAAGACACAACCGAAUGGACUGACAUGUCCAGAUGACAGGGUCCAAAUAUGCUGAUGUAGCAAAAGUUCUGACAGCUCACAACCAAACCCACCUUCCUCCCAACACCACCUACUCAUCCUCCGUCCAGCCAUGUUGUUGAGGAAGAAGCUGUGCGUUGCCUUGAUGAUCACUGCCCUCCUCUUCCUCAUGCUCGCCAGUCAGGGCAUUCCAAAGAGACACUUCCCAUCUCUGCCACUAAGCCUGCAACUAAUCAGCUGGACCACGCCCACCGGCAGGGAGACAGUAGUUGAUCACACGGCGCCUCCUGCUGAUCCGACCCCUGACCCUCCAAGGACCCCCCCAGCUCCCAUCAUCACCCAACCUAAAGCCAAGGAGAGGCCUUUUAAAAUGUCCCAAAGUAACACAAGGUUGUGUGGUUGUACUGAGUCCUGUAUUUCAGAGCUGGGGGGGUCGGACUGGUUCAGCCGACGCUACGACCCCAAACAGCAGCCCGUCCUCCGGGACACCGACAACAACCUGGAACCCCAGGCGCUCGCAUGGUGGCUGAGUCUCCAGAGGGCCGGCAAUGAUCAGACGUUAGAGAAGGUGAUGUCCGACAUGUUUAAGGUCAUCUCCCCGCCCACUGUGGACUUCAGGCCCCUCCCCUCCAGUUGCCGUCGUUGUGCGGUAGUCGGAAACUCCGGCAACCUGCGGGACUCAGGAAACGGAGACCUGAUCAAUUCCCACAACUCUGUAAUCCGGAUGAACAAGGCAGUGACUCGAGGGUUUGAGAAAGACGUUGGGAAUCGGACCACGCAUCACUUCCUGUACCCGGAGAGCGCGGUGGACGUGGCGCGCGGCGUCAGCCUUGUCCUGCUGCCGUUCAAACUGCGAGACAUGGAGUGGCUGACCAGCGCACUGUCCACCGGAGAAGUCAAAACGUACCAAAUAUGAAUACAAAUACACUCAAAAUGUUCACAUGUUUUCCUAUCUAGUUACUAGUCAUAGCACGAUGUAAACUUUCAGACUUGCAUGCAAAUAUCUAGGGCUGUAUCCAAAUAUUUGUUCGUUGGAGCACUAUUCGGGUUUCAAUUUCGUUAUUCGGAUGUUCAUCUUUUU